AUGGCCUCGCCGAACCGCGACCCGGCCGCUGCCAGUGCCGCUGCCGCUGCCGUUACGGGGGCCGAGCCUGGGGCAAGCGCUGCCCGCCGGUCCGUGGGCAAGAGGUUACAGAAGGAAUUGAUGACCCUAAUGAUGUCUGGAGACAAAGGAAUUUCUGCCUUCCCAGAGUCACACAAUCUCUUCAAGUGGUUUGGGACCAUCCAUGGGGCAGCUGGGACAGUAUAUGAAGACCUAAGGUACAAACUCUCCUUGGAAUUCCCCAGUGGCUACCCAUAUAAUGCUCCCACUGUGAAAUUUGUCACACCUUGUUACCAUCCUAAUGUGGACACCCAAGGCAGUAUCUGUUUGGACUUCCUCAAGGACAAGUGGUCAGCUCUGUAUGAUGUCAGGACCAUCCGGCUAUAUAUCCAGAGCCUGAUGGGAGAACCCAACAUUGACAGCCCAUUGAACACACAUGCUGCUGAACUUUGGGCAAACCCCACAGCCUUUAAAAAUUACCUGCUGGAAACCUACGUGAAGCAGGUAACUAGCCAAGAGCCCUGA